CCCCUGCUCUGCGGGGUGGGGUGGGGGAAGCUGGCACGGCCCCAGCGCCCGUGUUCCUUGGGAAGGGCGGGUCACCCGGGCGCCUUUCGGAGAGGGAAGGUAUCGGCAGCCGGUGCUGAGUGUCUCUGAGGAGGCGGCGUACUUUGCCCAAAAAGAAGAAAUAACCACUAACAGCAGUGAUAUAGCAGAUUGCCUCUCCUCUGGUCUGGUAAUGCUGUAAUGAUGGAGACUGCUGAUGAAGAAAACUUCGGUGUAGCCAUCUCCUCCCCUUCUGAUGCAGAGUUUGAUGCAGUUGUUGGGUAUCUGGAGCAUAUUAUAAUGGAUGAUGAUUUCCAAUUAAUGCAGAGGACUUUUAUGGAGAAGCACUACCAGGAGUUUGAUGACUCGGAAGAAAACAAGCUCAUCUACACUUCUAUUUUUAACGAAUAUAUCUCUCUAGUAGAGAAAUACAUUGAAGAAAAAUUGCUUCAUCAGAUUCCUGGUUUUAAUAUGACUGCUUUCACAAUGUCAUUGCAACAGCACAAAGAUGAAAUGGCAGGUGAUAUAUUUGAUAUGCUUCUCACGUUUACUGACUUUCUGGCUUUCAAAGAAAUGUUCUUGGAUUACAGAGCUGCUGAAGAAAAACAAACAAAACUAUUAGGGGUUUUGAACGAGCUUUUUCCGAAGGAAAUUAAAUACAUGAAAAAGAAGGUCGAAGUCUGGAUUUAAGCAGUGGCUUAGUGGUGACUUCAUUAAACAAAUCAUCAAUAUCCUCCUCCUAGAACCGUUUAUGCAGUACCUUUCCUUCUGCAGAUGAGUGCUGCUGCUUUCAUUUGGACAAGAAAACACUAAAGAUCAUGAGAAUGAAGGUGCUUUUACAAGAUGAAAACACAUUCACCCUCCAGACUAUCCCUUCAGAGGCCUGAUCUUAGGAACAUCUGUGUGUGAAUUCUGGUUGGUAUUCAGUGGCCACAGAAGAUGACAAUUUCACCUCUACCAGAGUAAUUGUUUUUAAUAAACGCACAGUAGUUGUACACCAGCCUAACCAUUGCACAUGCUGAGAAGCCCAGCACACUGAAAAGACAAUAAAUAACCCUGCGUUCAUGUUA